AUGUCUGAUACCGUGAGGAAGCGACGUCAUCCUGAGCCGACACCAACCGUAGGAGCCGAGAUAGAAAUAAGCCGUGGUUUGACGAUAUUCGGCACCUUCAGCCAACAAUUGACUCCAGAGGCUUGUUGCUAUUUCGGUAAAGCCAUUGGCUAUCUCUCUGGGCCUUCUAUGAUGUCUAAAGAAGACACUCUUGGCAGUUCAUUGAUUUCCUCAAAUUCCGGCAAUGAAGCUCAUGAUAUCCAUAAGAACCCCGAACUUAUUCUCCCCGCAAUUCUUAUCGUUACCCCACAAUCACGAUAA